CGUGACGUAGAGUGUACAGCGGUGGCCGGUGUGUGUGUGGAUGAUGGCGGCUCCUCUGGAGGUCCUGCUGAGCAGCGAUUCGGGGUCCCAGCUGUGGAACUGCACCGUGUUCGACCCGCACAGCGGCUCCAGUCUGCUCUCGUACCGUGGCGGGAACAGCGGCGCGCGCAGCCUCACGGUGCUCGGCGGGGAGUACCUGCUGUCCGCGCAGCUCGGCAAGAACUUCAUCAACGUGUGGGAGCUGCAGAGAAAGGUAGGACAGCACCUGGCCCAGCUGAGCCCACCUCGCUCAGCAGGCGACAGUCACCAAAGUAACGCUCCGCCGCCCAGCGCGGACAGGGGCUCAGAAACCCGCAGUCCCUCUAAAGGUGUUUGUUUACUUUGUUUUCUCACUGACCAGGUGUGCACAGGUAAACUGCAGUCUGUCCUCAGUCGUCACUAUCAGGACGUCACCUGUCUGAAGUUCACUGAUGACAGCAGCCAUUUUGUUUCUGGUGGAAAAGACAACCUGGCUCUGGUGUGGAGUCUGUCAAGUGUUGUCCAACUGGAUGUAAGCCACGCCCCUGAGCCUCGCCACAUCAUGUCUCGUCACUCUCUGCCAAUCACAGACCUGCACUGCGGCCUGAUGGGAGCUCAGGCUCGAGUCGCUACCGCUUCCUUAGACCAGACAGUGAAGGUAUGGGAGCUGUCCUCAGGCGAGCUACUCCUCUCGAUCCUCUUUGAUGUGGAGAUCAUGUCUGUGACCUUUGACCCUGCUGAGUACUUCGUGUUCUGUGGAGGAAGUGAUGGAAAUAUUUUCCAAGUGUCUCUGUGCAGCCAGACUUGUGGGAGUCUGCUUGGUCUGAGGAACAUGGUGACGUGUCUCUCAGUGUCGAUGGACGGGACUCUGCUGCUGUCAGGGUCACACGAUGAAACGGUGAGACUGUGGGACAUUCAGAGUAAACAGAGCAUCCGCUGCCUCACACACAAAGGGCCAGUGACAAACGCCAUCAUCACGCCAGCUCCCGCUAACAUGUUCCUGCCUGACAGUCGGCCUGCCGUCCCUCUGCCACGCUUCAGCCGACACCUGCAUGCCUCUGAGAGCGACGGCGGUGAGCCGGGGGAGGUGUGUGUCCGCCUCAGGCUCCACACACAGGAGGAGGAGGAAACGUACCUGCAGAAAGCUGACACGCUGAACUCGCUGAUGAACGCCGUGACUGAAAAGUCGGUGUUUGGUGAUGGCGAGAACACGAAGGUUAGAAUCGCUGAGCUCGAAGAAGAAGUUCAGACUCUGAAAAAAAUGAACAAAGAUUUGUAUGAUUUCUCCAGCCAGAUGCUCACCAAACCAACAUAAGUGCACUCACACACACAAACACACACUGUGAUGGGUUUUUUGUUUAUUUGUUUUUCUACAAAAUAAAAGUUUUUGGAAAA